GAACCACGAGAUUUGAGGUGGCGGGACCUGUCAACAGAAUGUGUCGUCCCCCUGCAUGUGACCCCGAGGCCACCGAGAUGAGCACCAGCACCGGGCCCUGGCAAGCGCCGACGUCUCACUAGCCGGGAGCCACCGGGCCACCAUGGUGUACUAGCCCCGAAGAGCCGGCCGCAGCCUCAGGUCUGCACAGACCCGGGAUUUGCACGGCAGCUGAGUCACCGUGGAGAGGCCAGGGUACCACAAACUUAUGGAUUUUGACAAGAAAGGAGGGAAAGGGGAGUCGGAGGAGGGUCGGAGAAUGUCCAAGGCCGGCGGCCGGACCAGCCAUGGCGUCCGGAGCUCGGGGACCAGCUCAGGGGUCCUGAUGGUGGGACCCAACUUCCGGGUCGGGAAGAAGAUAGGCUGUGGCAACUUCGGGGAGCUCCGGCUAGGGAAGAAUCUCUAUACAAAUGAAUACGUAGCUAUUAAACUGGAGCCCAUCAAGUCCCGGGCGCCUCAACUGCACCUGGAGUACCGUUUCUACAAGCAGCUCAGCGCCGCAGGUACCUGGGCCCCGCGCAGUGGGGGCGCAGUGGGGGCCGCGAGGGUGCCACCAGGUCCCACACAAGUCUGUGUCGCCCCUGCAGAGGGCAUCCCUCAGGUCUACUACUUCGGCCCAUGUGGGAAGUACAAUGCCAUGGUGCUGGAGCUGCUGGGGCCUAGCCUGGAGGACCUGUUUGACCUGUGUGACCGCACGUUCACGCUCAAGACGGUGCUCAUGAUCGCCAUCCAGCUGAUCACGCGCAUGGAGUACGUGCACACCAAGAGCCUCAUCUACCGCGACGUGAAGCCCGAGAACUUCCUGGUGGGGCGGCCGGGCACCAAGCGGCAGCACGCCAUCCACAUCAUCGACUUCGGCCUGGCCAAGGAGUACAUCGACCCCGAGACCAAGAAGCACAUCCCCUACCGGGAGCACAAGAGCCUGACGGGCACAGCGCGCUACAUGAGCAUCAACACGCACCUGGGCAAGGAGCAGAGCCGCCGCGACGACCUGGAGGCGCUGGGCCACAUGUUCAUGUACUUCCUGCGUGGCAGUCUGCCCUGGCAGGGGCUCAAGGCCGACACGCUCAAGGAACGCUACCAGAAGAUCGGGGACACCAAGCGGGCCACGCCCAUUGAGGUGCUCUGCGAGAGCUUCCCAGAGGAGAUGGCCACCUACCUGCGCUACGUGCGGCGCUUGGACUUCUUCGAGAAGCCGGACUACGACUACCUGCGCAAGCUCUUUACCGACCUCUUCGACCGCAGCGGCUUCGUGUUCGACUAUGAGUACGACUGGGCGGGGAAGCCCCUGCCGACGCCCAUCGGCACGGUCCACUCCGACCUGCCCUCGCAGCCUCAGCCUCGGGACAAAGCCCAGCUACACAGCAAAAACCAGGCGCUGAACUCCACCAACGGGGAGCUGAACGCGGAUGACCCCACUGCCGGGCACUCCAAUGCUCCCAUCACGGCGCCCGCGGAGGUGGAGGUGGCCGAUGACACCAAGUGCUGCUGCUUUUUCAAGAGAAGGAAGAGAAAAGCAGUGCAGCGUCACAAGUGAUGACCCUCCUGCCGCAGCCACCCCGGCGAGCCUGGCCCCGGCCACGUGGCCCACAGCCAGGACAGACUGUAGGGCCAGCCGCGGCUGCCCGCCCCCCACGCGGGGUCACUUCCUCCACGUGAGACUUUGUGAAAUUUCUACACCCGUGUCUGGUCCUCCCCUCCAAGAGCAUUAACUAUUUCAAACAAGGAGAAGAGAAACAGUGGCCACCCUGCCCUGCGCCCCUCCCGCCCGCCUGCUGAAGUGAGUAGUCGGCCGCCCGUCCCGUUAGUCUCAUAAAGUCCAGCUUGUCUCCCUCGAUCCAAAGGCCGUUUUCUCGAGGGGGUGCUGUGGGCGUUGCUGCCGGGGCGAGCCUGCCCUGGGCCUCCCUGCGCCAUGGGGGAAGACAGGGUGGGGGAGGCCCCCCAAACCAAAAUGCUGCACCAAAGCCUGGGCCGGCGGGCACAGCCCCGCAGGGUUUCCUGCCACACCUGUUCGUGGAGCUGUGUCCAGGGUCCCGGAGCCCCGGGGGCGGCCUCCUGCUUGGCACUCGGGCCGCGGUCUGUGCCCGGGUGUGCGUGGGCUUCUCGUGUCUGUGCUCCACGCCGCCGGCGGACCAGCAGGAGACAAGCGCCUUAAAGCCCUGUCCCAGCCCUGCAGGUGCGUCCAGGGCCGGGCAGCCCUGGUGGGAGUGUGGUCCUCCUGGGCCCCCCCCCGGAGGGCCCACGCUGCCUCAGGGUGGAGCAGCCGGGGAAGGCCUGGCAGCGGUGUGUGUGUCUAGGUCUUGCUUUACACGGUGUACAGAAAUGGCACUUCGGUUUCUCUGAUGCUUCCUGGAAGCCAUAGAGUUUAGGGGCUUUUUUAAAAAAAUAAAGGAAAAUG